UAGAGAAAGAGAGAGAGAGAGAAGCGUUUCAUAAUCACAAUAAUAAGUUCUCUUCUUUCCAUGGAAACCGGGCGUGAUAUAAAUUUGGGUGCGUGACUAGCUCUCCACAGUUCCGAACACCAGAAGAACCAACUCCUUCGAUAACGACUGUUGCACAUUUCUCUCUCCCAGAUCAUUGCCCGCUGUUUCGACCUAGGGUUUUUCCUUCUCGAUCUCUUCGGUCCAGAAUUUGUGAAUCUCAAUCAUGACGAUUCCUGAUUCGGGAUUCAUGAUUACUAAUGGAGCGAGUUGCUUGCCGCUUCCUCCGGACGAAGAGAGUCGGAUUAUUGCUGAGCUUGCCAACCAAUCUGAAAAGAAUUUGAAGGAAGGCAAUUUGUACUACGUUAUUUCAAAUAGAUGGUUUUCUAGCUGGCAGAGAUAUACGAAGCAAGGCAUGGCUGAAUCUUUGGUUGAUGAGCAGUCUUCUGGAUCUCAAAAUAUGGAUGUUAUUACUUUAAAGAGUGCAAAUAGACCUGGGCAGAUUGAUAAUUCUGAUAUAGUUCUAAAUAGCAAAGAUAGUGAUGGUGAUGAACUAGAGCUUCACAGAAUGUUGGAGGAAGGACGUGACUAUGUUCUAGUUUCCCAACAAGUUUGGGAAAGACUAUUGUCUUGGUACAAAGGAGGACCAGCAUUACCAAGAAAAUUGAUUUCUCAGGGUACUUUUCACAAGAAUUUUCUUGUAGAGGUUUACCCACUUUGCCUUAAGUUGAUUGAUUCUAGGGACAAAAACCAAUCAGUAUCAGUAUUAAGAUUAAGCAAAAAGGCCUCUACAAGGGAGCUUUAUGAGAGGGUGUGUAGCCUUCGUGGAGUAGAAAAAGAAAAGGUACUUAUUUGGGACUAUUUCAAUAAACGGCAGCAUUCAAGGCUGAGUAACUCAAACCAAACUUUGGAGGAGGCAAACUUGCAGAUGGAUCAAGAAAUUCUUCUUGAGUUGCAAGAUGUAAAUAAUGCUUCUCCAUUCGGCAAGGAUUCAACAGGAAAUGAGUUGGCUUUGGUAUCUAUAGAACCAUCCAGGUCUUCAGUUACAAUUGCUGGGGGGCCUACAAUGUCAAAUGGCCAUUCAACUGGAUAUAGCUCUAAUUUAUAUCAGGGAAAUGCUGUAAGUUCGUCAUUCUCAGAUAUUGAUGAUGGAUAUGAUGUUUACAAGUCAACAAAAGGAGAAAGGGGAGGUUUGGCAGGAUUGCAGAAUCUGGGAAAUACUUGCUUUAUGAACAGUGCCCUGCAAUGUUUAGUUCACACGCCUCCUCUUGUUGAGUAUUUCUUGCAAGAUUACAAAGAUGAGAUCAAUACUGAAAAUCCUUUGGGAAUGCAUGGUGAGCUUGCAAUCGCCUUUGGUGAGCUGUUGAGGAAAUUAUGGUCCUCAGGGCGAACUACAAUUGCACCACGUGUUUUCAAGGGAAAAUUAGCUCGAUUUGCUCCCCAGUUCAGUGGCUAUAACCAGCAUGAUUCUCAAGAACUUCUUGCAUUCUUGUUGGAUGGGCUGCAUGAGGAUUUAAAUCGUGUUAAACGAAAACCUUACAUAGAAGCAAAGGAUUCAGAUGGUCGCCCAGAUGAGGAAGUUGCUGUUGAGUGUUGGAAAAAUCACAGGGCCCGGAAUGACUCAUUGAUAGUGGAUGUUUGCCAGGGUCAAUAUAAGUCGACACUGGUUUGCCCAGCAUGUGGAAAGAUUUCAAUCACUUUUGAUCCCUUCAUGUAUUUGUCGUUGCCUCUACCUUCAACUGCAACUCGGCAAAUAACCGUGACUGUGUUUUAUGGCGAUGGAAGUGGUCUUCCUAUGCCAUACACUGUUAGUUUGCUAAAGCAAGGUUGCUGUAAAGAUCUUAGUGAACAACUAAGUAAUGCUUGUUGCUUGAAUGCUGAUGAGAUUCUUCUGCUUGCAGAGGUUUAUGAACAUAAGAUUUUUCGAUAUUUGGAAAACCCCUCGGAGCUAUUGGCUCCAAUUAAGGACGAUGACCAUAUUGUGGCUUAUAGACUUUCUAAAAACGUUGUGGGAAGAUCCAGAGUUGAAAUAAUUCAUCGACCACAUGAAAAGUGCCCGUCAGACAGUGUUAAGGGUUGUCAGGGAAAGCUUAUCGGUACCCCUUUUGUUACUUAUUUAAAAGAGCCAAUAUGUGGAGCCAAUGUUGAAGCCGCUGUUACUAGAUUGUUGUCACCUUUGAAGAGAACGCGUCCUUCAGUUAAGCUCCAGAAUGGUAAGGAAAAUGGAUUUGAAAAAGAGGUUAUUGAAGAACCAUCAAACAGCUACAAUUCUAAGAACCUGUCAAUGGAUGAUGCAGAAGUAGAGGAAAAAUCCAGCGAAGCGUUGUCCUUUAAACUUUUUGUUACUGAUGGAAACAGUUCGAGCUGCAAGCCCAUUGAGAAGGACACUUUAUUAAAUUCCAGUAGAGUUGUAAAGGUGUUUUUGGACUGGACCGACAAAGAACACAACUUGUAUGAUAUCAGCUUUCUCAAGGAUCUCCCUGAGGUUCACAAGGCUGGGUUUACCGUGAAGAAAACUCGACCGGAAGCUAUUUCUUUGUUUACAUGCUUGGAGGCAUUUCUGAAGGAAGAACCUCUGGGGCCUGAUGACAUGUGGUACUGCCCCAGGUGCAAGGAACAUAGACAAGCUACCAAGAAACUAGACUUGUGGAUGUUGCCCGAGAUUCUUGUUUUCCACUUGAAAAGAUUCUCGUAUAGCAGAUACCUCAAGAACAAAUUAGACACGUUCGUGAAUUUUCCUAUUCACGAUCUUGAUUUGAGCAAAUAUGUGAUAAGCAAGGAUGGAAAACACCACAUGUACGAAUUGUACGCCAUUAGCAACCAUUAUGGUGGUCUAGGUGGUGGUCACUACACUGCAUAUGCCAAGUUGAUCGAUGAGGACAAAUGGUACCAUUUCGACGAUAGCCAUGUUUCACCCGUCAACGAACCCGACAUCAGAACUUCGGCCGCCUACGUGCUAUUCUACAGAAGAGUUAGGACGCAACCCAAUUCAGGAGCAGGCGAGACGUCUCAAGCUCAUUCAGGCUCUUGAGGACGUAAGUCGAGUACAUCUUGCUAUUUUAACGCUCCCAAGUUGUUUUUAUUGUCUUUCAAAGCUAACUUGGUACAGGCAACGAGAGCAACCCCCACCUCCACCUGCAUUUCAAACAUUAUGCUUGGUGGGUCGGUUAUAGUUUCAAACCUUCAUGCUGAAAAAGUUCGUUAAUUUGGUACUGGGAGCUAUAUUUCAAAAUUUUGAAGGGUUGCAUGUCAUUAUUCAUUGUAGCUUGGAGUCCCUUCUUUAGACAUUUUAUUAUUAUAUUCUUUUAUUUUCUCUGCCUUGAAGAAUUAUUAAUAUAUUUUUUACUGGCUGUUGUCUGCUCAAUGGGGAUUCCUGCACAGAAAAGUAAAAUAUGGCCACAGUUAGAGUUUACAUUAGUCAUUUACACUGGUAGAGAUUAGACUUGUUGACUUUUAUUAUUUCAAAUUAUUGUGUCCGUAAAUCAUAUACAUUUGGGUUUGGCCAUAUUUCACAAUUCUGUAAUCACCCCUUAAUGGUCCCAAAAAUAGAUUUGAGUUCAAGUCUUGAACGACUAUAAAUUUUUGUAAUGACUAUAUGGGAAUGAACUGUACCUAUCCAAAUUGCUUUAGACUACAUAACUACAUGUGCUGCUAUUAUUCUCA